AUGUGGCAAGCGUGGCACGAGGAGCAGGAGAGGAGGAGGAGCUGGGGAGAAGACACGCGCCGAAUGUUCGACGAGCGAUACCGCCGACGCUCGGACCCGAGCGCGCUCUGCGACGUGCCCCCGCCGCCGAGUCGGGUGGCUGCCGCGCCUCCCCCUUCCUCGUCGUAUCCUCCGUCUCAACUCCAACAGGCGCCCCGUCCGCCCGUGUCUCCAGCUCGCGCGGGCAUCGACUAUCAGGACGCCCCAUCGCCGUCGCCGUUUGCGAUUCAACGCCCCGCGGACACGUCGCGGUGGUCGCCCGCGCUCCGGCUCAUCGACGACCCGGUGUUCCAAGCCGCGGCUGAGGCACCGGAACCGUCGCCUCGGUCGUGGAACCCACCGCCGCCGCCGCUCAAGAGCCAGCCUCGGAAGCGAAAGCUGACCUCCGACGCCGAGCACACGCUGUUCAGACCCGGAUACGUGCCGCUAGAUCCCGAGGAGACGUCGCGGGGCGCGAGGGACAUCCUGGCGGCGGUAAACGCGCGGGCGGCGGCGCGAAAACCGGCGAAGGAAGCCUCGGGGAGGGACGAGGAGCUUAUCGAAAACGAGGUGGAAGCCUCGUUCGACGGUCUCCCUUGA